AUGGCCACGGCGGUGCUCAGAUCCCACGACCCGCUCGCCAACAGGAUGCAUCUCGACGCCUUCGCCGCCUCCCCCCAGGCGGCCAAGCAGCGCCGCCGGCGCCACCCCAAGCCGGCCCCGCCGCCGCCCAAGGUGGUCGCCGGCUCUUCGCCGCCAAAGCGGGCUCUUUUGGCGUCUCCAGCGUUGAAGCAGGCCCCCGCGGCCGGCCGUCGGUCCCCGCCGGCGAAGCCUGCCCGCAAGCAGCCGUCCCCGACCAAGGAGAAGCCCCGGCAGCAGCCCAUCGUGAUGGAGGCCGUCCGGAUCCUCAAGCGUGGCGAGGAGCCCCCGGCCCCCUCACCCGCCCCUGCCUCACCGCCCGUCGUCAAGGCCCGCCCCCAAGCCCCGCCAGCGGACAGGCGCGUACGGUCUCCUCCCCCAGCCUCGGCACCUAUCGCGUCGGCCCGGGCGCAAGCCCCGCCGGCCGACAAGAGGGCGCUCCGGACCACCAGCCGGAUCGGCCCGCAGCAACCUGCCGUCGUCCCGACUAAAAAGAUGGUGCCAGUCGCCAUCGCAACCAGCUAUGCGGGCCCGGCGUUCUCCGCCGCGGCCCCGGAGCCGAGCUCCCUCCCCCUCCCAGGGUUCUUCUUCCGGCGCGCAGAGGAAGAGGCCACCCGCGGCCUCCGGUGCCUGCUCCGCAUCGGCGAGCUCUCAUGA